UCGAACUGAACUUUGGAGACAUAUGAGAAGAUGCCCCUUCAGGUCAGAGGAUGACAAACAGAAAGGAAGACAAAAAGUUCUUGGACUUGCAUCUGAGUUGAAAGCAGGGCAUGCAAAAACUUCAGAAGAAGAAGUGCUUAGGAUGCUAAGCCAUGUGCAUGAUGAUGACGUAGCAAGUAUUAUUCGCAAUGACUCUUGUCUUUUGCGUUUUGCUGAGUCCCUUUACAAUAAACACGGACAUGACCCUUCCAAACAUGAAUAUAUCCGGCAAAAGAUACGUGAGCUUGGGAGACUUCUCCAGACCCUCCGAAAGAGGUCACCAGACAUGACAAUAGAGGAUGCUUUGAGACCCAAAAAUUUUCUAAGUCUUAUCAAGGCAGUGAAAGAGACAGCUGGUUUUGACAAAAAGAAAAAUGACUACAAAACUCCAAGCAUUGCCUUGAAACUUGGACACUCAUUAGUAAAAGUCAAUGAUAUUAUUACCUGCCAUGCGCUUAUUGCCGAAGAUGAGGACGGAAUUAAAUCUUCAAAAGCAUUCAUGAAGCUUUAUCGGGCAAAGUGGUCUGAAUAUGUAUCACACAGUGCCUUGAGCACAAUUGCUGAUAAAAAGUAUAAUAAAACAAUGAAAUUACCACUCACCGAGGAUGUCACAAAACUUCACAGCCAUCUUGACAAAAGGACUGAAUUGGCAUCAGAGGCAUUAAAGAAUGAAACCACAGCGCAUAGCUAUUCAAGUCUGGCAAAAGCAACACUGACAAAAAUAGUUAUUUUCAACAGGAGACGAGUUGGAGAGGUCUCAAAGAUAAAGUUGAAGAAUUUCCUUGAACGAGACCAAUCAAACACACAUGAAAAAAGGGGUCUGUCUGACUAUGAACAAAAGUUGUGUACCUAUUUUGAGCGAGUAGAACUGAAAGGGAAAAGGGGGAGAAAGGUAGCGGUGCUACUAACACCUAACAUGACAAAAGCCCUGAACUUGUUGGUGGAGAAGAGAGAGGAGCGCGGAGUGCCAGUUGAAAACGAGUACUUGUUUGCCAUACCAAACUGUUUGACCUACUACAGAGGACACGAAUGUCUCAGAAAGUUUGCAGAUGAGUGUGGCGCACAGGAGCCUGAAUAUUUGCGGUCAACUCGGCUGCGCAAAGAAAUGGCAACCACAUCCCAAAUACUGAAUCUGAAAAACAAUGAACUUGAUCAACUUGCAGAUUUCAUGGGACAUGAUCUAGCUGUACACAGACAAUUCUACCGGUUGUCUGAGCCCACAAUACAAAGUGCAAAAAUUUCAAAAAUCCUUCUUGCUCUGGAAAAAGGAAUGCUACAUGAGGUCCGAGGCAAAUCUCUUGAAGAAAUUGGAGAUAACACGGACGAUGAAGAGGAUACAAGUGAAGAAGAGGAUGCCAUUUCUGAUGGUGACACACCAAGGGUAAACUCUUCUCAGGAAGUGUUAGACUCUGAUAAAAACACAAGUGCACCCAUGGGACCAUCAAGAAAUCCAAAGAAACGAUUGGCUGAACACAAUGGUAUGGUCUAA